AUGGAGCCGAAGGAACUCAACAACAAGAAAGACGGAUGGUACGACAAGAGACAGCCAAGGUAUAAGUGGCACUAUUUCAAAAGUCUCAUUUUCCUCUUCUUGGCCGUUAACGUCGACGUCGUAAUGCCCGAUAUCUCGAAAAACAAUACCAACAACAACAACCAAUCGUACUCCAGCCAUCCUGAAAUACUGAUAAAGCAGAAUCAGGAAAUCGACAACAACAUCCGCCAGAAUCCGGCGCAGAUUCCCAACAUUCCCGCAUUCUACCGCCAGGAUAUCCCUGCGCUGAUGGCACGUCCAGCUAAUCCGUUCUUGAAUUAA